CAGACAUGCCGCUCCUCCUCCGCGCGCUGCUCUUCGGCUCCAUCACGCUGCUGGUGCUGCUUCUGGUUCUGGAUGAUUUGGCAGAAGUGGGGAAAGAAGCUGCAAAUACUGGACACUCAAAGAAGAUGAACUCGCACCAGCUCGUCCCGAAACCUCACAGUAAGACUGUGGUCCACUUGGAUCCGACCUCCACGACGAAAACGAGCAAACGCCUCGAUCGCGGUCGUUGUUCGAUCUGCAGUGGUGCCUCCAGUCACCCGUCAAGCACCUGGACUUUUAACAAGACCCUCUCCAACCUCAUCAGGAAGAAUAUCCUCAGAUUUCUUGACCCAGAGAGAGACAUCUCCAUCCUGAAGGGCACGCUGAAGCCAGGGGAUGUCAUCCACUAUGUUUUUGAUCGCCACAGCACCACAAACAUCUCAGAAAAUCUUUACCGACUGCUGCCAACCGCAUCCCCGAUGAAACGCCAACAUCACCGGCGCUGCGCCAUCGUGGGCAACUCUGGGAUCCUGCUGAACAGCAGCUGCGGGCCCGAGAUCGACUCUCACGACUUCGUUAUCAGGUGCAACCUGGCGCCGGUGGAGGAGUACUCUCAGGAUGUGGGCCAGCGGACCAACCUGGUGACCAUGAAUCCCUCUGUGGUGCAGCGGGCCUUUCAGGACCUGGUCACAGAGGAGUGGAAGGAGCGCUUCCUGAGGCGCCUUCGAAACCUCAGUGGCAGCGUGCUGUGGAUCCCAGCCUUCAUGGCCAAAGGCGGGGAGGAGCGCGUGGAGUGGGCCCUUCGUCUCAUCCUGCUGCACACGGUGGACGUACGCAUGGCGUUCCCAUCGUUGCGCCUUCUCCAUGCCGUCAGAGGGUACUGGCUGACCAACAAUGUCCACAUCAAGCGCCCGACCACCGGCCUCCUCAUGUACACCAUGGCCACCCGCUUCUGCGAAGAGAUCCAUCUUUACGGCUUCUGGCCGUUUCCACUCGACCCACAAGGCAAACCAGUUAAAUACCACUACUACGACACGCUGAAGUACGAGUACACGUCCAGCUCCAGCCCUCACACCAUGCCCCUGGAGUUCAGGACCUUGAGCUCGCUGCACAGACAGGGGGCGCUCCGGCUCCACACGGGGACCUGUGGUGUGGAGCAGCAACUGCAGAACAAAUAA